CUUCGCGAUUCCGCUCCAGAACGCUUCUGGGCACGUCGCGCUGCAAGACGCGCAUGUAUAUCACAGCAGUGACAGCAGCACCAGCACCCGACUCAGCGUCACCCGGGACCAGAUGCCGCAUGCUCGCGGCGGCCACUGAGAUCGCGGCCGCUCACCGCAAGUCGCCCAGCCAGCGCGCGCAACACCUCCUCGCCCUCGCCAGCGACGCCGCUCUCGCACCCGCGCCCGCGCUCGCCAUGCUGCCGCCGGCAUCGUGCCGGCCGUAGUCUGUCUGCUGUCGCUGUCUGCGCUCUGCGCUCUGCUGUCUGCUGUGUCGCGCGCAGCCAGCGCACCACCACCGCCAUGGCGGACCCCUCGCGACGCGCCUCUGCGGCCGCCGCGCCCGCGCCCGCGCCCUCGCCUUCGCCCAUCCCGCCGCCGCCUCCCCUUCCGCCGUCCAAGGCCUCCUACUUCUCGCGCCUCGUCACCCAGGUCUCCUCGUCCACCUACGGCGGCUCGCGCCCGCCAAGCCAGCAGACGAAUCGCCCCGACGGAGGCCGUCCCAACCCACUAGUGCCGAAGCUCCCAGGCAUCCGCACUGGCUCGUCUCAGGAUGCAAGCCAUAAGACCGGCCUCGACAUAUCCGCCCUCGACAUCAACCGCGACAGGACCCACGCCAUCCUCGCUGGCAGAGAGAUCCUGAAGACGGUGCGUGUACAAGACGCCAAGAUCGUCGAGGAGACCAACCUGCGCGCCGCCGUUAUCAACUAUGCAGAGCACUCACACGCCAGGCAGCGCGAGGGGCUCGGGAUCCAGGACGUAAAGUGGUCGCAUGGCCAGUUCAGCGCGCAUAUUGCUACUGCUGCCGCCAAUGGCAAAGUCAUCCUGUAUGAUCUCAAUCGGACGGGCGUCGAGCUCGCCCGAUUGCAUGAGCACACCCGGCAGGUCCACAAGCUUGCCUUCAACCCUCAUCAAGGCCAUCUGCUGCUAUCUGCAAGCCACGAUACAACUGUCCGUCUGUGGGACCUCCGCGACAUGAGAAAGGACAUCAUGACCUGUCGCAGCAGAGAUCAAUAUGCGGGCAUAAAUGGCGGCAUCUACGACGUCCAAUGGUCCCCGACCGAUGCGGUAGAAUUCGCCUUUGGCACUGACAAUGGUACCAUACAGCGCUGGGAUUUUCGCCACAAUAAAGGCCCGAAGCAGAAGAUCACGGCUCACGAUCAGCGGACCUGCACGUCCAUCGACUGGCAUCCAGACGGCAAGCACCUCCUCAGCGCCGGCGUCGAUCGGACUGUCAAGGUCUGGGACUUCUCCGUGGACGGCAGGCGCCAGAAGGCUGCUUUCGUACUAACCACCCCGUAUCCCGUCUACAGGGCCCGCUGGCGACCGCCAUGCUGGUCCGAGGAGCACUAUGAGCGAGGCGCAUGGCAAUGCACCCAACUGGCCACCUCGUACGACCGCGACCACUCGGUCAUCCACGUAUGGGACUUUCGGCGGCCAUACUUGCCUUUCCGGGAGAUCAACAGAUUCAAUAGCGCUCCAUCUGAUAUGCUUUGGCACUCGCGUGACCUCCUGUGGACCGUCGGCCGCGAGGGCGUAUUCCAGCAAAACGACAUCCACCACGCGCCCAAAGUCGUAGAUCGUCGCAACUUGCAGGCGUUUGCAGUAUCGCCAAGUGGCGAGAUUGGCGGCUUCGCCCAGAAGAGACCACGCCGCCGUCGCUCUGCAGGUCUAUCGUACUCCGCGGACACGUAUAUUGGUGACACACGUGACAAGCGCAGCAGUCCUGAGAAAGGCAGUUUGCGCAGCUCCGCAGAUGACAGUCUGGAUGAUAGCUUCCUGAGCUCAUCGCUCAAGAGACAUCAUGGUCGCACCGCAAGCAACAGGUCGACCAAGUCAUUCGGCAGCACCCCACCCUCAGAGUCCGCCCCCAAGGUCAUGUUUCUCACCGAUUCUAUAGCACUGCAUAAUGACUCUUUCAAGCCGAAUCAGCUCGCCUUCCGGGGUGCACUCCCUGGAGCCGCAAAUGCGCAGAUCUUUGCGUAUCUUGCUCAGAAGUACAAAGCCAUACCGCUUCCCGACCCCCCGACUCUACAGUCUUUUGAGUGUCUGCAGCAGGUCUUCGAGCAAAAUGCCGAGUAUGCACAAAGAGCCGCAUUCUACCGGCUAGCCGAGACAUGGAGAAUCGUAGGCGUAUCCAUUGCCGUCGCGACCAGGCGUCGUGCGGAAUUACACAGGAGCCGUCGUCGACUAGGACACAAAGGCUCAGCGCUAGCGUCGUCCGACCGUCAGCCCAAAAUAUCUUCCGAACACUUGGAGGCACAUGACAAGGCGGCUGUACAUCCAAACCCCGCAGUGCGUGCAAUCCUGGGGGUCGUCGACAAACCACAAUCGAAAGCUCACAGCCCAGGCCAGUCUAUGGGCAUGGUUGAAAGCACGUCGAACCUGCCUACGCCGCUUGCUCGACCACUAAUGGCUUCCGCGCCGGCAGCCAGCGAUAAGCAGAAGCCUCAUCUGCCUGAUCCCGACCACGAUGAGGAGAUCGAACUGCCGCCAGCGGUCGCAGGGCCGCAUUCGGAAAAGGCCGGCUUUUUCUCGCCAGAAGGCGCGUCUGGCACCAAUGCAUCAGAUCGCCCUAGCUUCAAGAGUCCCCACUGGUACCAUUCCUCAAAUGAUCUUGACGAACGUCGAGCUAUGGUUGGUAGUUGGCGGGCACCUCCGCGUGUGCCCCUCAGCCUAGAACCCACUGAUGCCCAAGGGAUCAACAUUCAGAUACCGCCUAGGUUGGACCGCCAUGACUCCGAUGAGAGUUUUGCCAUGUUCUCUGCCUCAACCGACUCGCAGCGGGCGCACUCAAUACCGAGCUCUUUUGCCAGUGGCAAAUCUCGCUCUCAAGGUAUGGAAUCAAUAGCCGAGAAAUGGCAGGAUGCGACCGGGGAAUCCAGCUUUGGGAGACCAAGGCAGACCCUGGCCAACGGCGAAGAUCAGCGGAGCGAGGGCUUAGGUAAAAGUGUGCACAUAUCACCCACGACAAUUCCUAUUGGCAAAGCUCCCGUCGGGAUUGCGGCACCCCCGGGUCACGAAGGGUCGGGCCGUGACGAGACGGGAAACUCGGUAGAAUGGAGCAGCACAGAAAGGGCUGCCCAGGAUAUCGAAAAUCUCCGUCGGAACAACCAACUUCUUCGCCAUGACAGUUCUGAAUCUGAGGCCUACACGAGCAGCGGUGGGGAAAUGUCCGCGUCUCCCGUAAUGGACUAUAGCCAUGACAUGGAAGCGAGUGGCACGAUCGUGCCAGAGGCCUACGAGGACUCUAGAUCUCCGCAAGUUCUAAAGCCACCUGCUUCCCUGCCAAACGCGACGGAGAGCGCUCCUCCGGUACUUGAUCCAGCAGCCGAAGACCCGCUGCUGGUGUCAGAUUACCAGGCCAUGCGCGUUAACGCAGAGGAAGGAUCAGCAUUCGCCGUCAUCGGCCUCCUCAAGGACAUCCUCGCUUUCCAUACGAACACACUAUCCGAUGCGCAGACUUCAUCUCUUCUUCUUCUCCUCCUGGCGCCCCUGCUUCCCCAGACACAGUCUUUUUCUGAAACGUCCGAUAUUAACAUUGCAGACCUGCUCUCUGCAUUUGGAGACACAUUCACCGCUCUCGGACUUUCGCCCUCGCAGGCCCGUACGAUCCUUUCCACGCAGCUCACUCAACUUAUAGCUACCGGCAUUAACCCUUAUCAAGCGGAAGCUAUUCUUUCGACAUAUCAUGCUCAACUGCAUAGUCUCUCACUCUUCAACUCCGCGGCAUCACUUCGUCGCCUCGCGUAUCCGACCUACCCUGCGGUAUACGAGCAAGGCUUGCGAGAUACGCAAGUUGGACUAUUAUGCCUAAGUUGCAAGUCUCCAAUAAACAAUCCCAAGGACAAAAUGCGUUGCGAAUCAUGUAAGAGGGCCCAAGCACCAUGCCCUAUCUGUUGGGGCCGAUAUCCAGCGUUUGAGCCCGCUACUGCAAAGAGAAAAGCCAAAGCGAAGUUUUGUUCAACGUUCAAGGACCGGGAUCAUAGGAGGAAUCGCUCGUCUCUCAUCUCAAAUAUCGCGCUCGACGAUUUCAAUGCGGAUAGCCCUUCGGCAUCCACGCCGGAGAAGCCAACUCCGCCGAAGCCGUUCCUAUGGACAUGGUGCCCACUUUGUGGGCAUGGAGGACAUGCACACUGUCUUUCGGCGUGGUUCGGCGAUGCAGCAUUGUCAGAUGGAGCGUGUCCAACAGAAGGCUGCCUCUGUGACUGUGUGCAAGGAAGGCGCCGGGACGAGAAGAUCAAGGAGGUGCUUCGCAAGAAAGCGGAAAAGGACCGAUCAAAGGUCGUGCGAAAGGGCGACGACUGGAAGGUUGGCGAAAGCAAGGCAGUCUCCGCCGUCCGUGGAGCAUUCGGAGACACCGGGGCCGCACCUGUUCGCGAUACGACUCAAAAUGCUGGACAACUGCCGUCUGGGCUUCUACAAGGUCGCAGAGGAGAUGACGGAAGGAGAGUCCGCGUCGUUGACCCUCAAGACGGCCAACAGCCUCAACCACCGACAUCGCAAGUCGCACCCCAGCAAGGCACGACAUUUGGCAAAAUGCCGAAAUACUAAGAGCGUAAUACGACUUUCGGCAUACCCCUUCGUCAUUAACAGCAGCGGUGUCGGCCAUGCAACGCCCCUGACAUCACCGAGGCGAGGUGGAAGUGUUUUAGACGUGCAUUUGUGUAAGGGUGGUUGGUGCGGAAGAAGGUGGGUAGUUAGUAUCUGCCUGCUGGUGCAUAGUCACACCGCCCAUCUCGUGCGCCAAGCUUUCCGGGCCCUUCGACCAACGCUCAUGUCCGUAACGUGGGCCGUGGUUCCCCGGAUGCGGGAGGCUGGUUUUGGGGGAGCGAGUGGGGCUUGGCCACGUUUUUU